AUGCGGCUAAAACGGUUUGAUCCGUUUAGAUUCGGGCGGCUGAUGUACGAGCGCGAUGACACGACGAAUCCGCUUCGGAGCCCGACGCACAGGGGAAGCAUGGCACACGGGGGAAGCCAUCGCACGGUCAACGUGAACGACCCGCGGUCACACGCUCAUCAGCAAUACAAGAACAAUGCCGUAUCCACGACCAAGUAUUCGUUUUUGACCUUCCUCCCCAAAGGCCUCUUCGAACAGUUUCGGAGAGUCGCCAACCUCUACUUCCUUCUCAUCGCCAUUCUUUCCACAACGCCCGUCAGUCCGGUGAACCCCAUUACCAACGUGCUGCCGCUCGUGCUCGUGCUCAUGGUCUCACUCAUCAAAGAAGCCUUUGAAGACAGGAAGCGGUACAACAGCGACAAGGUGAUCAACUCGAGCAUCACGGAGUGCUUGCGAGGCAACCAGUGGGUCCAAACGCCCUGGAGUGCUGUUCGUGUCGGCGACAUUCUACGGGUGAAGUCGGACCAGUACUUCCCCGCGGAUCUGCUAUGUCUCGCCACCACCAACGGAGACGGCAUCUGCUACAUUGAGACGUCGAACCUGGACGGGGAGACGAAUCUGAAGAUCCGUAAGGCGCUGGAGCGCACAUGGGAGUACAUCACUGCCGAUGCUGCUUCUGACCUGCGAGCCAUGGUGGAGUGUGAGCAGCCCAACAACUCGCUCUACACCUUCACGGGCAACCUGGUCAUUGGCAAGCAGACCCUGCCCAUUUCGCCCAACCAGAUGCUGCUCCGAGGCUGCAGUCUGCGCAACACCGAGUGGAUUGUGGGUGCGGUCAUCUUCACAGGCCAUGAGACCAAGGUGAUGAUGAACGCCAUGGACGUGCCAUCGAAGCGCAGCACGCUGGAGAGGCGCAUGGACCUGGUCAUCCUCAUCCUCUUCGCCAUCCUCUUCACCAUGUGCCUCAUCGGCGCCAUCGCCAGUGCCCUCUUCCUGGACUACAAGGAGUGGUACCUGCAGCUCACGGACAGCCAGCCGCAGUAUGACCCAAGUAACCCUUGGGCGGUGGGCUCGCUCACAUUCCUCACGCUCUUCAUCCUAUACGCCACCAUCAUCCCCAUCUCGCUCUACGUGUCCAUCGAGAUGAUAAAGUUUGUGCAGAGCACGCAGUUUAUCAACAAGGACCUGCACAUGUUCCACAGAGAGACGCAGACGCCUGCCCUCGCGCGCACCUCCAACCUGAAUGAGGAGCUGGGGCAGGUGGAGUACAUAUUCUCGGACAAGACGGGCACGCUGACGCGCAACACGAUGGAGUUCUUCAAGUGCUCCAUCGGUGGCACGCUGUACGGCACGGGCGUCACGGAGAUUCAGCGCGCCAUGGCGCUGCGCAUGGGGCAGCCCAUCCAGGAGGACCCUGCAUCCAUGUACCAAGACCGCAAGGCGUCCCAGGCUGAGGUGUCUCCUCUGAAACCGACAGGGUCAGAUGAUCCGUUCAAGGACCGGGGGUUCAACUUUGAUGACAAGCGCCUGCUGCGCGGCGCAUGGCGCAACGAACCCACUGCUGAGAUCUGCAAGGAGUUCUUCCGGCUGCUGGCCAUCUGUCACACGGUGCUGCCAGAGGGAGAGGAGUCCCCUGAGGAGAUAGAGUACCUCGCUGCCUCGCCCGACGAGGCGGCCAUGGUGGCUGCUGCCAAGAACUUUGGCUUCUUCUUCUACCGGCGCACCCCCACGACGAUCAAGGUGCGGGAGUCGCACGUGGAGCGGCUGGGGCGAGUGCAGGACUGCGAGUACGAGGUGCUGAACGUGCUGGAGUUCAACUCCAUGCGCAAGCGCCAGUCCGUCAUCUGCCGCUGCCCCGAUGGGCGCAUCGUGCUCUACUGCAAGGGCGCUGAUGUGACGAUCUACGAGCGGCUCUCGGAGGAUGAGAACCCGCACAGGGACGUGACGCGCGAGCACCUGGAGAAGUUUGGAGCGGACGGGCUGCGCACGCUGUGCCUGGCGUACCGCGAGCUCCCCCCCGCGCUGUACGAGGAUUGGAACGAGCGCUUUAUUCAGGCCAAGUCGGCCCUCAGGGAGCGGGAGAAAAGGCUGGAUGAGGUGGCGGAGAUGAUUGAGAGGGAUCUGAUUCUGCUGGGGUGCACGGCGAUCGAGGAUAAGCUCCAGGAGGGAGUGCCGCAGUGCAUUGAGACUCUGCAGAAGGCAGGGAUUAAGAUCUGGAUUCUCACGGGGGACAAGAUGGAGACUGCUAUCAACAUUGCAUAUGCGUGCAUGCUGCUCAAGAACCAGAUGAAGCAGUUCAUCAUCAGCAGCGAGACGGACAUCAUUCGAGAGGUUGAGGAGCGGGGCGACCCAGUGGACACAGCGAGAGUCAUCCGCGAGUCAGUGUUUCAGCAGCUGAGGGACGCCAUUCGGCAGGCCGUGGUGAUCGACCGUGAGGGGUACCCGUGUGCGCUGGUGAUCGACGGGCGGUGCCUCAUGUACGCCCUGGACCCGCUCAUGCGCGGCACACUGCUGCAGCUCGGGAUCAUCUGCAAGGCCGUUGUGUGCUGCCGCGUGUCGCCCCUGCAGAAGGCACAGGUGACGGCCCUGAUGAGGGACGGGGCAGGCAAGGUGACGUUGAGCAUAGGCGACGGCGCCAACGACGUGAGCAUGAUCCAGGCGGCGCACGUGGGGGUGGGCAUCAGCGGGCAGGAGGGCAUCCAGGCAGUGCUCGCGUCUGACUUUGCCAUUGCGCAGUUCCGCUUCCUCACCGACCUGCUGCUUGUGCACGGCCGCUGGUCCUACCUCCGCCUCUCCAAGGUGGUGGCGUAUUUCUUCUACAAGAACCUGGCCUUCACGCUCACGCUCUUCUGGUUCAACUGCUUUGCGGGCUUCUCAGGCCAGCGCCUGUACGACGACUGGUUCCAGUCCGCAUUCAACGUGCUCUUCACCGCGCUGCCUGUCAUUGUGCUCGGCCUCUUCGAGCAGGACGUGGAUCGCCGGCACUCCAAGCUGUACCCGCAGCUGUACCGGGACGGUAUCAAAAACCGCUUCUUCACGUGGGGCGUGCUCGGCAUCUGGCUCUUCUUCGCCGUCUACCAGUCCCUCAUCUUCUUCUUCUUCACUGCGGUUCCAGGCUCCAACUCGCAGGGCAGCAGCGGCCUCAUGUUCGGCCUCUGGGAUAUCGGCACGAUGACAUACGCAGCUCUGAUCGUGGCGAUCAACGUGCGGCUGCUGAUGGCGAGCGACUUCCUGACGCAGUGGCACUGGGUGAGCGUAGUGGUGUCCAUCGCGCUCUGGUUCGUGCUCAUCCUCAUCUACGACGCCAUCCCCUCCUCCACCACCUCCUCCUACUCCUCCCAGUCGAACCAGUACUGGGUGAUCUACACGGUGAUGGGAACAGCCUAUUUCUGGCUCACGCUCCUCCUCGUGCCCAUUGCUGCUCUCCUCCCUGACUUCCUCUACAACGGGCUGCAGCGGUGGUUCUCCCCGUACGACUAUCAGAUAGUGCAGGAGGACCUCAAGUUCCACUCCAAGACGGAUGAGUUUGCAGAGCGAGACCGCCAGCUUGAGCUCGAAGCCAUGACCGUCGAGCCGCCCAAGAGGCUGGAGCGCGAGGAGAUUCGCAGCCAGGCCAUGGCGUCGCUGCCGCGCCUCACCUCCAAGAAGCACACAGGCUUUGCCUUUGACACGCCCGGCUUCGAGUCCUUCUUUGCCAAGCAGGAGGGAGUGGACAUUGUGGGACGGGCGUGGGACGUGGCAAGGAGGGCAAGUGCACAGCGCAGGCGCGCAGCAGAGCUCUCGGAACUCCCCACCAUGCAGCGGUUCCCUGCCGAAAUGCGACGCCCAACUCGUGACGCUCAGCCGCCUGCUGCGGUCACCCUUGCCGCUGCUGCUAGCGCUGCUGGUGUUGGAUCGGCAUCGUCGUCUAGGAUGGGAGAGGGGAGUGGAGGAGGAGGAGCGGGACAGUGGGGAGGAGGGUCGGUGGGAGGGAGUGUGGAGUGGCCCCCUGCGGCUCCGGCAGGAGGGAGUGGGAGUGGGGUGCAGAUGGGUUCGAUGGGGCGUCGGGGGAGGGAUGACGAUCAGGAUUUUGCUCAUGCCUGGCGACGAGCGCUGCUCAGCGACAUCAAAGCGUCGCCGAGCGACACUAAGGCGUCGCCGAGCGACGAUGUUGUCUCGUGGACGGCGACAUCCACGAACGGGCCCAACGCGCCUCGCGAAAUGCUCGAAAAGGCUCAUACGCUCGCCAAAAGCGUGCCGAGUUCUCUCGUAAUUUCUGGCGCUGCUACUGCCACACCAGCAUCCGCAUCUGCACACGCGUCUGAAGUCACUACUGACGGCGCUCCUUCCGCUCCUCAUAAUUCCGCAAAUGGCGGCGCUGCAGGAUCCGGAAAUGCCAAGCCCCGUCGGCCGGGAAAAAAGCGUGGAGGAAAAGGAGCAGCAAUUGGCGCCUCGUUAAACGCAGCCAGCGGCAAAAAAGGAAACGCAUUCUUGAUCCCUGGUUUCAGUCUCAAGGGCUGGAAGCGCGGCGGCCGCGGCGGCAAAGGCAAGUCAAAAGGGAACAACCAGCGAGGUGGCAGUGGCGGUACUGACGGCGUGAAUCCCGGCGAGGAUGAUGGCGCGGACGGUGGGAUUGAGGGAGAGGAAUCUGGAGACGACGAAGCAGGUGAUGGUAAUGCUGGCGAUAUUGGUGGUGAGAAUGGUGCUGACGAUUGCGGUGACGAUGGCGGUGACAACGGUGAUGGUAGUGCUGAUGCUAGCGGUGAUGGUGCUGGUGGUGGCGGUGGCGGCGGCAGCAUCGACAUUGCAGUAAUCCUGGAGGAGCACAACAAGGCACGGCAGGCAGUGGGUGUACCCGACCUCGCAUGGGACGACGGAGUCGCCGCAUCGGCACAGGAGUGGGCGAGUGAACUGGUGUUGCUCGGGUGCCCUCUGGAGCACGGCGGAGCAGAGGGACUCGGGCAGAACCUCUACUGGCUGUCACCUGCGGCGCUCACCCCACAGGAGGACCGUGGAGCGGUGCAGUCAUGGGUAGGCGAGAAGGCGGACUGGACUUACAGCCCCAUUCCCGAGGGGUGUGCGGAGGGUAAGAUGUGUGGGCACUACACGCAGGUGGUGUGGCGUGAUACCACUCAUGUUGGCUGCGCCUCUGCUAAGUGCCCUGAUGGCUCCGGCAUGUGGGUUUGCGACUACUCGCCGCAAGGGAAUUUAGACGGUGAAACUCCUUACUAA